AUGGAGGCCAAGUUGCUCGCCAUGAGCGGCCUGCUGGACGAACCCAGCUUCCGCAGACUCAUAAAGUUCCAGGCGCGCCGCCGAGAAGGCCUUGGUGGCAGCGAGCUGGAGAUCCUCACCGAGACCGUCCAUGUGAGCAUGAGUGAUGACCCCCGCCUGUCCUUCACGGCUUACCGCAUGCGCAUCCGCAGCGCCGACGACGUACUGCAUCACACAGCAGUCGCGCAAGAUCGCGACCCCAACGCUGGUGGGCGGUGGGUACUGGAGAAACGCUACUCGGAGUUCAAUCAGUUCCGCAAGGAGCUCCUCAAGCAUAUUGAGCACUGGGAGAGCGUUGUGACGCACGAGUUCGCGCACCUGAAGACCAAGAACGUUAUAAAGGGCCACGGUGACAAGCGCAACACCUUUGCUGUCGUCUCGAACUCUCUGCGUCGUGCAAUUUCGCCGCAGUUCCCCAAGAAGCGCAUUCACGUGGACACGCCUAAGAUCAUCGCCGAGAGAGUCCACGGUUUGACGGAGUUCGUCCGCAAACUCAUGGGUGUUUAUACCGAUCUCGGACUCUACCUGAGCAAUGGCCAGCUACACUCCACCGCCUUCGCCUCAUCAUACGAGCUAGUGCACGAAAUGCAGAUGGACAUUGAGACGUUCUUGGAAGUGCCCCAGCUGCAGAAGGAUGCGGAGACGCGCCGGCAAUCUGCUGUCCCAAACUCCGACCAAGCUGAACCUGUGUGCUGUAUCUGCUUGAAUGAGGACGAUCCCGAAGCCGAUGAAAACGCGCCGCUCGUGCAACUUCCUUGCCGCCACCACUUCCACGAAGACUGCGUGAUCGACUGGUUCAGUGCCAGCACGACAUGUCCGCUUUGCCGCCGCUCCACUGCCAGCCCUACCGCGUAA